GAUCGCUUUGGGUCCUAACAGAGACCCGAUUUAGAAGGAGCACCUCGAGGGAGGAUCUGAGUUGCCACCACUCUGGUUAAGGCUGGGCUGUUCGUGUUCAUAUCAAAUCUAGAAUGGAGGUUGUGUUUGACGUGUAGUAAAUAGGCGAAUAGCGUGUUCAAGGGAGUUUAGAGACAGUGCAUCCACUGUAAACACUACUUGAUUAAUUCCCAAGUAUCACGAUAUCAAGAGAAUAGGGCAUUUGAUUACAGUAAGAUCUGUAAACAUGUCCUUAAAACUGACCUCUCAAGCGUACUGUAAGAUGCUGCUGCACGCUGCUAAAUAUCCUCACUGCGCCGUGAACGGGCUGCUGGUGGCUGAGAAACACAAAAAGAAGGACAGCCCGAGAGAGUCAGUAUUGUGUGUGGAUUGUGUUCCUCUGUUCCACGGGGCUCUGGCGUUAGCUCCCAUGCUAGAGGUGGCACUCACAUUGAUUGAUACAUGGUGCAAAGAGAACAAGUAUGUCAUUGCUGGCUAUUAUCAAGCAAAUGAGCGUAUAAAGGAAGCCAGACCAAACCAGGUCGCUGAGAAGGUCGCUGCCAGAAUCUCAGAAAACUUCAGCGAGGCUGCAAUGAUCAUGUUGGACAACAGCAGAUUCACCAUGGAGUGUUUUGUACCUGUUCUCUUCAUCUAUGAUCACCAUGACAACAAGUGGAAGUGCAGAGAGCCAAGCACUGACUGCUUUGAGGAUUGGCUAGAGGCGCAAAAGAUCACAUCGGCUCUUCUGGAAAACAAAUCAUACGAGAGUCUUGUAGACUUUGACAACCAUCUGGAUGACCUACGAAAUGACUGGACCAACCCUGAGAUCAAUAAAUCUGUCUUGCAUCUAUGCUGAAGCCAUCCAGAGGUCCUGUCCACCUAACCAAACCAUUGAUGCUUAAAUGGGAUGCAUGUCUGAUCUGUAUUCAGUACUGUUAGUGACAUGGCCUCUCUCACUGAGCAGAAGGAUUUACAAAAGCCUAAAUGGAACAUCCCAAGUGCUGCAUCCUCAUGUUUGAAAACACUGAGGUGACUCUAAGAGUCCAUUGUCACAUGUUUUUUACUUGUUUUCAUCCAGUAGUUUGUAUAAUGUAAGAUUCAUGUGGAUGCUACAAGAGAAGUCCAUUACAUUUAACUUUUAACUAAUUAAAUAAGGUAAUUUUGUUCCCCUGUUUUGGUAAGAAGCUUUAGUUUAAGUUACUGUUGUUGUUGUUGUUGUUGUUUGUUUUUAUUAACUACUUAAACUGCUCAAAUGAAAAUGUUUUACUUAAGUGUAGAAAUUAAUAUAUUCCCCCAGAGAUUCCUUUUAUGUUACAAUAAUAAUUUGAUAAUGGUGAAAGAAUAAAUAUUUUUGGCUCUGAAUUUGCAGUACACAAAAGGAAUAGACUUUAGGUAUGAGGUAUUGAUGACUUAACAUUAUAUAAAAAUCUUUGAAUGUCAUUGCUGCUUGUUUUGAGGAUAGCACAUUAAAUUUUUUUAUGCAAAACAUUUUAUGGUUGAAAAUAAAGAAAAAAACAUAUUACUACA